AUGUCGAUAGAGACGGAGACCGAGACAACGACAACGUCCAAGGCGGAAGUCGAUGCGGGCCAGUUUUCGACCGCUUCAAUCAGUAACGGCGACAAUCAAGUUAUGGAGAAGAACGAUACCAUUGCAGCCUUUGAUGGCGAAGAAAAAACAGAGUUCUUUUACCUGGAGGGCUGGAGACUGUGGGCUAUCAUGGGCACUCUCUAUCUGAACACUCUGCUCGCAGCAUUGGACGUCGGUAUCAUCGCUACGGCAAUCCCUGCCAUCACAGAUGAAUUCCUCCAAUUGAAUUAUGUUGGGUGGUAUGGAGGCACCAUUUUCCUCACGCUCAGCACUGCCUCGCCGGUAUGGGGUAAACUGUACAAAUAUGUCUCAGCGCGAUACGUCUAUCUUGUCUCCAUCGUGAUCUUUCUGGUGGGCAGCAUUGUAGCGGCAACCGCAAAGAGCAGUAUUCCCUUUAUCAUCGCCCGUGCCCUUCAAGGCUUAGGAUGUUCCGGCAGCAUAGGCGGUUCUGUUCUCAUGAUCAACUAUGUGGCACAUCCCGCGAAGCAACCAAUGCUGAUUGGUCUUUGGGCAACUGUUUAUAUGAUCUCAACCAUUAUCGGUCCAUUGAUUGGCGGCGCAUUCACCUCCCAUGUUACAUGGCGAUGGUGUUUCUGGAUCAAUCUGCCAGUUGGAGGUCCAGUUCUCGUUGCUGUGAUCCUCUUCUUCCACGUGCCAAAGCACGUAAAGUACUCGAAGGCCACGUGGAAGGAAAUUAUCCUACAGCUUGAUCUUCCGGGCUUUGCCUUUAUCUUCACUUCGCUUGUUUGCUACACCAUUGCUUUGCAAUGGGGUGGUUUGACUAAGCCGUGGAGUGAUGGAAAUGUCAUCGCUACAUUGGUCAUGUGGGUCGUCCUGACAAUUGGUUUCUUCGUUGUCGAGUAUUUCCAAGGCGAGCGUGCUAUGAUGCCACUACGACUGCUGAAGACUCGUUUGCAAUGGACUAACACCUUGUAUGCCAUGAUGGUCAACUGUGCAGAAUUUCAGGUUUUGUUUUAUCUGCCCAUCUAUUUCCAGUCUGUCCACGGUCAGUCCGCUAUUGCGAGUGGCGUCAAUACCCUUCCAUUUAUAGCCUUCUUUGCCUUGGGGUCGAUGAUGAGUGGUGGUAUCAUCGGAAAGACGCGCAUCUUUCAACCUUUCUUGUUAGCUGGUGGAUUACUAGCCACUGUUGGCGCGGCUUUACUUUACACUGUUGAACUCAAAUCUUCCAAGGCUCGGUAUCUUGGUUCCCAGGUUAUUUUUGGCUUUGGCAUUGGUCUUGGUUGCCAGGUUCCAUUGAUGGCGCUCCAAAGCUUUACUAGCCCUGAGGACGUUGCGUCCGUUACGGGUAUCAUAGUUAUGAUGAAUUCUCUUAGCGGUGGAUAUUUUGUUACAGCAGCCGAAUCCGUUUUCGACAAUCGUCUCCUUGAAUCACUUGCUGUUAGUGCACCUAGUAUUAAUCCAGGCCUGGUCCUGGCCACAGGUGCAACUCAGCUUCGUGGGGUCUUUAAAGGCCAAGAUCUAACCGCCAUACUAGCAGGCUACAUGGCUGGGGUAAAAGACGUGUUCGCCUGGUCCUUGGCCGGUGCAGCAUUCACUGCAGUCUUGGCUCUUGUGGUUCCUUUUAAGAAGAUGCCUCCCGUUGAAGACGCAUCUGCUAAAGAGAAAAGCGAAGAUGAGAAGGAGGAGACUGUUUAG